AUGACCGCACGCGCAACCUUGCUCAAGACCAUGCUCCGCCGCUCCUUCAAGCGCGCCGCGUCGACGUCGGUGGUUCGCUUGAAGAGCAUCACGGACGACUCGGCGGAUUCCUUCUUUGAGCAUUUUGACAAACACUUUCCUCUCGAUGAUGCGAGUCCCAGCCUCCUCGACGACAAUGACGACGACACGUUUGCGAGCUUGCUACAGGUCUAG